AUGGGAUCAUGCAUCACUAAGCGCAGCAAACGAAAUUCCUUCUACGGCUCCAUCGAGGACAGCCAGGAGACUACCAAUGCCAGUGCCUCUUCGGCGCACCUGUUUGAUUAUGAGUUCACCCAAAGUGGCAGUGGCGACAACAUCAAAUCCGAUGAGUUUCAACAUGAAAUCGACAAGUGGCUCAUGGAGGCGGAAAAUAUCUUCCUCAACGUGGUGGACAUUGUCAAUUUACCUAUUGAACUUCAACGGCUAAUUGACGUGUCCAACACUGAAGCAGGAUGGCUGAAGAUCAUCCAGUCGAUGAUCAGCGUUGUCGGUCAAAGACAGUUUAAUGGUGAGAAUGACCACAUCGGUCCGACGAUCAUCAUUCUACUGCUCGAAGAUUCUCCACUGCCCACUCGUGAUCAGCUCAAGGACUUGCUCAAACUACUUGAGCCACAUUUUGCCGCUCGAAUUCACAGCCCACUUGACCAGAACAUUAUCAAACAGCGAAACAUUUGCACCAUCUUGUCAUUUCUUGCUGAGAAGUUCCCAGGAACUAAUCCUCUUGCCGUGGAACUACUUUCAAUGAAGGUGAUCAAGUUUCUCGAAAAGAUUAUCAGGGAAAACCACAAUCCACUGCAUAUUCUCUUUGCGUUGAACUGCAUUGAAAAGUUUGCCUCUUCAAGAGAAAACAGGGACACAAUUUUGAAAAACUUUAACCUCAUUAAAGAGUUGGUAGAGCUGGAAAAGUUUGCAGCACAGUACACCAUUGGUUCAUUGUACUGCGCAUCGCCUUCUGACUGCCUCAAGUACCAGAUCGGCUUCUGUGCCCAGUGGUGUCUGGACAAUAUUAUCCUCAAAAAGGGCCGAAAACUCUCGUACGAGAAGGUAGACUACUCCAAUUUAAAUGCAAUUCUCAACGUCAAGGACAAAACAGAGUUCAUUAAGCUUUCCUCUAAUGGCUUAUCGGCCCGUUGCGACACCUCAACGUUUGAAUGCGUUCGAGCCACCUUUCCCGUCUCCACGGGAUGCUACUAUUACGAAGCGAUCAUCCUGACGAGUGGAAUCAUGCAAAUCGGCUGGGCAACAAAAGCAACCAACUUUAGAAACGACGAAGGAAUUGGCGUUGGCGAUGAUCGAAACUCCAUUGCCUUUGACGGCUGUCGCAGUGUCAUCUGGCAUAACACGACGCACUACAAACACGGACUCAGUAGGUGGAACACCGGCGAUGUGGUCGGAUGUUUGCUUGACGUGGAAAACCGAAAGUUCAUCUUUUACCUUAAUGGCAAAAAGGUGGAGAUUAACCGCAAGAUUGCGCAAAAGUUAAAUUUGCACUUUUCCGACCAGCCAUACUACGCAGCGGCCAGUCUGAUGUCUUACCAGCAGGUGUACUUUAACUUUGGCCAAGCACCCUUCAAAUACCCUCCGAAGAAGCUCAAGUUCACCGACUUUAACUCUAACGCCAUUGUCGAUAACAAGGACAGCAUCAAGAUUGUGCCAAUACAUGUACAGAGCAGGUCAAUUUCGUUUAGCAAUCGAAAAAACAUGUGCAACAUUUGCUGUGAUCGCGUGGCGAAUGUUCGUCUUAAACCCUGUAAUCAUGAGACCAUUUGUUCACAGUGUGCCAACCAAGUGGAUCACCUGUGUCCCUUUUGCCGCAAUGAAUUUACUCAUUUCGAGGAAAUCAAGAGCUGA